GAAUCAAUCCAUAUGUGGAUGUGGUUUGAGUGUUGGAUUGUGUACUCCGUAACCAACGAGUGGAAGAGGAAGAGUCUUGCAGUCGGACAGAACAAAGGAUAGAAAGCAUGUCGAAUGCCGUCGUCAAUGGACUGGCCGGAGCUGGUGGAGGCAUCAUCGCUCAGAUCAUCACUUAUCCACUCCAAACGGUGAACACUCGUCAGCAAACCGACAGGGUUGCCAAGAAAGGUCUCCUCUCCUCCAAUUCUAAUUCUAGUUCUAAUUCUGGCACAGAUUCGUUAUCUUCCCAAUCCCAUCCUCCCUCUCAUGGCGGUGGCACUCUAAUGCAAAUUCUCAAGGUUAUAAGAACCGAAGGUUGGGGUGGAUUGUACAGUGGACUCAAACCCUCUCUGUUUGGCACCGCUGCGUCUCAGGGCAUCUAUUACUAUUUCUAUCAAAUCUUCAAGAACAAGGCCGAAGCCCUUGCAGUUGCCAGGAAAAAGAAAGGACUUGGCGAUGGUACUGUUGGCAUGUUCUCUUGGCUUCUCGUGGCAGCCAUUGCUGGAUCAUUGAAUGUCUUGUUUACGAAUCCUAUAUGGGUUCUUGUGACUCGUAUGCAAACCCAUACCCAAGCAGAGACGAAGAUUAUGGAAGCGAAAAGAGAGGCUAUUCUGAGGGAAGCUGCUGCAACUGCUCCAACUAGUUUGAUGGAUGUUUCUACUGCUUUGCAAGACAAGUUAAGCAAACUAGAUUCGAUCAAACCUAGUCCAUAUGGAACUGCACAGGCAGUGAGAGAGGUUUAUUCUGAAGCAGGGAUUAAAGGGUUCUGGAAAGGUAUAAUACCUACACUUGUCAUGGUAUGCAAUCCAUCUAUUCAAUUCAUGAUUUAUGAGAGCUUGUUAAAGCAUUUGAAGGCAAAACGUGCUGCAACAAAGCAAAGUUCAAAAGGGGUUUCUGCUUUAGAGGUGUUCUUGGCUGGGGCUUUGGCUAAACUGGGAGCAACUGUGGUUACCUAUCCAUUGUUGGUUGUCAAGUCAAGACUUCAAGCAAAGCAGGAGAUUGGUGGUGGUAACAUUUCAUUACAAUAUACAGGUACAGUGGAUGCCAUAGUUAAGAUGAUUUGUUAUGAAGGAUUGCCUAGUUUUUACAAAGGGAUGAGCACAAAGAUAGUGCAGAGUGUUUUCGCUGCCUCAGUCCUCUUCAUGAUCAAGGAGGAGCUAGUAAAAGCGUUUCACAUCCUAUUAGAUAAGAUCCCAAAAGCCAUUCCAAAAUCCCAAUAGAGUCGACUAAUGAUU